AAGACUACCCACGGGGCGGGACAUAGCGAAAGCAAAUAGGUAGGUGAGGUUGAGGAGGUGUAGCCCGCCGUGCGGCUCAACCAAUGGAAAAAGACAAUUCGGUUUGAAGGCGCUAACCAGACACUGGGCAGGGGCCAAGCCAAUAGGAACCCCGAGCUGGAGAUGGAGGGCGGUGCCUUUGGAUAUUUAAGCUAAAUAGGGGUUUCGGAAUAGAGGGGGAGGGAGAGAUUAGCCCACGUGACAGCUUCUCGAGGGAGAGGCUGACACGUGAACUGAGAGACUGGCGGUUAGAGCGUGGCGGGCACGUGUCCUAGGCUUUCAGACCCUGAACCCCAGGGCCCUGGCCACUAGAUCUGCGCGUGCGCAGAGAUUCCCUCGCUGCUUCCCGCGCUUUCCUCGAGGACUGAGCCUGAGAAGUGGAGGCUUCAGGUACUGACGGGAGGGAGGAGUCGCCUCUUACAGGACGAGACUCACCCCUCCCUCUUCCUAGGUCGGGGAUGUGCCCCCCUCGCGGACGGGCGGCUUUCACCUCAGGAUGUGAUUUCUGAGAGCGCCUAUACCCUUUCCCAUUGCAAACAAGCUCAGGGAAAGCACAUUGCUGUGGUGUGAAAGUUUGUGUGGCAGGGAAGAGGCAGGAGAGAGGGGAAGAAACAGCAGCGGGGACCGGGCCCGGGGACCCCUAAGACCUACGGCGGCGGCGGGCGCGGCUGGGGUGCCGGGAGCUGCGGCAGCUGAAGAGGAAGAGGAAGAGGAAAAGGCAGCGGCCGAAGGUGGGACUCAUCACGAUGCCUGUGAUGCGCUCCUCUUCUCUGUGCCAUGGAUUUUCUUCCAGUUCUGGAUCAUCUCCAUGGCAGAAUGGGAGGUCAGCUAGUCAGAGGUUUUCAUCUGCUUCAUCUACCUCUUCUGCAAGUGUUCCCUGGGGUGAAGAGAGGAAUUCAAUUUUGGUUUCAGAUGUUGGGGAUAGUGACGGUGACUUUGAGGAUGUCUGGAAACAACAGAUGAAGAAGAGGGUGGCCAGAAAACAACCCAAGACCACCCCAGUGGCCAAGCAUCCAAGGAAAGGGUCCCACAAGGACUGUGAUGGCCAUAGGAAUCUGAAAUCCUCUACUAAUGAUAUCUUAGAAGCUGUGAAGACUGCCAAGAGUGCCAUGCAGGUAAAGGUUGUAGUGGAUGACUGGUUGGAGAGUUACAAGCAAGAUCAAGUUUCAGGAUUCCUGGAGCUCAUAAACUUUUUUAUUGGGGCUUGUGGAUGCAAGGGCAUAGUAACCCAUGAGAUGUUCAAGACCAUGCAGAAUUCAGAGAUCAUCCAGCAGCUGACAGAGAAGUUUGAUGAGGAUUCUGUAAAAUACCCACUGGCAGCACCAGGUCCAGCCUGGAGGAAAUUCAGAAGCAGUUUCUGUGAGUUUGUUGCUGCACUGGUGUGUCAGUGUCAGUAUAGCUUCCUCUAUGAUGACUUCCUCAUGGAUACCCUCAUCUCUCUACUCACUGGUCUAUCUGAUUCUCAGAUCCGUGCUUUCCGUCACACUAGCACUCUGGCUGCCAUGAAGUUAAUGACUGGCCUAGUGAGAGUUGCCCUUCACCUGAGCCUCCAAAAGGACAACAAUCAACGACAGUAUGAAGCAGAACGCAACAAGGGUCUGGGGCAUAGGUCCCCUGAACGUCUAGAGUGCCUGCUGGAGAAACGGAAAGAGCUCCAAGAACACCAAGAAGAGAUUGAGGGAAUGAUGAACGCCAUCUUUAGAGGUGUUUUUGUACACCGAUACAGAGAUGUCCUCCCUGAGAUCCGUGCCAUCUGCAUGGAAGAGAUUGGAACAUGGAUGCAAAGUUAUUGCACAUCUUUCCUCACUGACAGCUACCUCAAGUACAUUGGCUGGACCUUACAUGAUAAGCAACGAGAGGUUCGUCUAAAGUGUUUGAAGGCUCUUCAAGGGUUGUAUGGCAACCGGGACUUCAUUUCCUGUCUGGAGCUUUUUACCAGCCGCUUUAAGGAUCGAAUGGUUUCCAUGGUAAUGGACCGAGAAUAUGAUGUAGCUGUGGAGUCCAUCAAGUUACUGACCUUAAUCCUGAAGAACAUGGAGGGAGUACUGACAGACACUGACUGUGAGAGCAUCUAUCCUGUGGUGUAUGCCUCCAACCGACCUUUGGCCUCUGCUGCAGGGGAAUUUCUAUAUUGGAAGCUUUUCUUCCCUGAGUGUGAGGUAGGAGUGACAAGUGGAAAAGAGCAGCAUUACAGCCCUCGAAGGAAUUUCUUCUAUCUUCUGCUAGCUUUCUCCAUGGAGAGUGAGCUCCAUGACCAUGCAGCUUAUCUGGUGGACAGCCUGUGGGACUGUGCAGGGCCUCACCUGAAGGACUGGGAGAGUUUGACAGGGCUGCUGCUGGAGAAGGAUCAGAGCCUGGGGGAUGUGCAGGAGAAUACUCUGAUAGAGAUUCUUGUGUCUAGUGCCCGGCAAGCUACAGAGGGUUCCCCUCCUGUGGGAAGGGUCACUGGGAGAAAGGGUUUCACUGCUAAAGAGCGUAAGAUCCAGGCAGACGACAAGAUGAAAUUGACAGAGCACCUCAUUCCUCUGUUGCCUCAGCUUCUAGCCAAGUUCUCAGCUGAUGCGGAAAAAGUGUCCCCUCUGCUUCAACUUCUCAACUUCUUUGACCUCAACAUCUAUUGCACAGGACGUUUACAGAAACACUUAGAGUUGCUCCUUCAGCAACUUCAAGAAGUAGUGGUGAAGCAUACAGAACCAGUGGUAUUAGAAGCUGGAGCACGUGCCCUCUACUUGCUCUGUGCCCCGGAAUUCACCUUCUUCAGCCGUGUAGACUUUGCCCGAAGCCAGCUAGUAGACUUGCUGACUGAUAGAUUCCAACAGGAGCUAGAAGAGCUACUACAGGGCUCCUUCUUGGAUGAGGAUGAGGUGUAUAAUAUGGCAGCAACUUUAAAGCGUCUUUCUGCCUUCCACAAUGCCCAUGAUCUAACACGCUGGGAACUGUAUGAUCCAUGUUGCCGACUCCUACAGAAAGCUGUGGAUACUGGAGAUGUUCCUCGACAAAUAAUCCUUCCAGCACUGACUCUCAUCUAUUUCUCUAUCCUUUGGACACUGGCUCAUGUCUCUGGAUCAAAUUCUUCACAGAAACAGGUGCUAGGCUUGAGGGGUAAACUGUUGACCUUCUGUGAUCUCUGCCAAAGCUGCCUUUCAGAUGUGGAUUCAGAAAUUCAAGAACAAGCUUUCAUCUUAUUAAGUGACCUGCUCCUCAUCUUCAGCCCUCAGAUGAUUUUGGGGGGUCGAGAUCAUCUGAAACCUCUUAUCUUCCUUCCUGAGGCCACCUUGCAGUCAGAGUUAGCCAGCUUCCUAAUGGACCAUGUCUUCAUCCAACCAGGAGAGCCAGGCAGUGAUAACAAAGAUACAGAAGAGGAACAGGCACAGAUUGAACAGCUGCACCAGCGUCGUCGUCUCUUGGCUGGAUUCUGUAAGCUAUUGCUCUAUGGGGUUCUAGAGAUGGAAGCAGCCUCAGAUAUCUUCAAACACUACAACAAGUUCUACAAUGACUAUGGUGACAUCAUCAAGGAAAUACUAACACGGUCAAGACAGAUCAACAGAAAACAGUGUUCUCAAACUCUGUUGCUUAGUCUUAAACAGUUGUACACAGAGCUGUUACAGGAGCAUGGGCCAAGGGGUCUGGAUAGUCUUCCAGCCUUUAUGGAGAUGAGGGAUCUGGCCCGAAGGUUUGCCUUGAGCUUUGGACCUCAACAGCUGCAGAACCGUGACCUCAUCGUCCUGCUGCACAAAGAAGGCAUCAAGUUUUCCCUGGCAGAAUUGCCUCUGUCUGGCUCCUCAGAUCAACCUCCGAAUUUGGCAUUUUUGGAGCUGCUUGAAGAAUUUUCACCUCGUCUCUUCCAACAGGAUAAACAGCUCUUACUGUCAUAUCUGCAAAAGUGCUUGCAUCAGGUCCCACAAUUAUCUACCCAUUCUUGGAGUCCAGUCAUUUCCUAUUGCCGUUCCCUUAACUCACAAGAAAACAGUGCCGAAAGCAGUUCUCAAGGGCAUCCCCAGCCCAAGAAAAGACGUAUAGAAGCUACCACCAAGCAGGGUCAAGAACUCUUCUGCCCACCUCAAGAACAGAGCCUACUUUUGAGCAGUGCUCCACAGACUCCCACAUUCACCUCUACUACUGUGAAAGGGAGGUAUUCCCUUUGGAGACUAAAGGAUGAAGAAGAGGACUCUGCAUCAGAGUUUACCCAAAGCCAGCCAUCCUUGUGCUCCCAAAAGCCCAAACACUCAAACCCAGAGAGUUUCCACAACACUGUACAUAACCACUAUGGACCUAGUCUGGGCAGUCGGCUAACCCGACUUAGCCUUAUGGAGGAGGAGGAGGAGGAGGAGGAGGAGGAGGAGGAGAUAGUAAUAGAAGAGUCAAGUGAAGACGAAGCAGGGGAAUGGGAAGACACGGACAAUGUAAGUUUGGACAACAAUUCACGCCCUCAUUCUUCCUUCAAAUACCAGCGUGACCUCUUUGACUCUGCCGAGGCUGACUGUAAUGAUUUCUGAAACCAUGUUGUGCUUUCUUCAAGCUGAUUGCCCAGUCAUCAAUAUAUGACCACUUGGAAUAUAAAAAGAAGUCUGAAACCAUCCCAGUCACAGAGGAAAAAUAAAGGAGGAGCUUUCACCUGUUUUCCUCCUCUCCCAAUUUUAUCUUAUCUCUUAUUUAUUCCCCAUGAGUUCUGGAUUGGGAAAGCCAUGGUUUUCCUAUUCUUCCUGAUUCAUGUUUAACCAGGGUUUUGUCUCACUUGUUAUUGAGAUUUGAGUUUCCUUACACAAUAAUUUGGGAGAGGAGAGUCCAUCCUUUUUUUUUUUGCAGAGGUAUAUUAUGUUUCUACUAGGAAAGAACCUUUGUUUCCCCAUAUUUGUGGAGACAUCUUAUCUCCCAGCCUUUUUUGUGCCUCUUUUGGUGCUUAUUAGCUCAAUAAAGGUGUUAGAAAUCAAAA